CACUUUUAGAACCCUGGGUCUGUCCCCAAGUGGCACAUAGGUGCUGUAAAGAUCUGGGGCCCUUGCCGUGGCUCCCCGGGGUGUCCUGGCCCCCUGCUGGCCUGAGACUGUCCAGCUGGAUGAUGCCAUGGCCCCCACGUUGCCCCUGCUUCUGCUGCUAUGGUUCCAGGGCCGUGUAUCAGGUGCGCCUGCUGAAAGCGUGUACUCCAGAGUGAAGCUCUUUGAAGGGGAGAGCCUAUCUGUGCAAUGCUCCUACAAAAGUCGCAAAAACCAUGUGGAUGGAAAGGUUUGGUGCAAAAUCAGGAAGAAGAAAUGUGAGCCUGGGUUCACCCGGGUCUGGGCGCAAGGGCCGCGCUACCUGCUGCAGGAUGACAUCAAGGCCAAGGUGGUCUAUGUCACCAUGGCGGCCCUUAGGCGUCAGGACUCUGGCCGGUACUGGUGCAUGCGCAACAGCUCCGGGACCCUCUACCCUUUAAUGGGCUUCCAGCUGGAAGUGUCUCCAGGCCCCACGACCAAGAAAAACACGCCUCUCACACACCCGGCCAACAUCCUCAAGAGUGACAUUGUCGUCACAACAGACCAAACCCCCACCAGCGUGCCAGUGUUCACACCUGGGCUCCUCACCUUGGCCAGACUCUGGCCUUCCACAGCCUCGGGGACCAUCAGACUGAGCACCAUGACAGGCUACAGCUUCACUGGCACCAGCACUUCCCCAACAGGGCCCAGGGAAACUACGGAGUCCCAGACAGCAUCUCCCAGCCCUGCUGGCCUGAUGUCUACCUCUACUGAGGCCGGGCACCUGCGCACCCGAUCGCCCACUGCAGGAAUGUGCCACACCAGCAGAUCUCACCUCAACAAAGUACCCCCCAUCAGGCCCCAGGAUCCUUAUCCUGUAGUGCUGGUCGGGGUGCUGACGUUCCUGCCAUUGCCCGUGAUGCUGAUCGUGGUCUAUGGGUUCUGGAAGAAGAGACACAUGGGAAGCUACAGCAUAUGCAGCGACCCGGCAAGACCCUGGAAGGACCUACCCAGAAGACCAGAGCCUCUGUGGAAGCUCACUUGGUCCAAGGCCACUUAGCUAUGGAGUGGGGCUCUUCUCCCAGAGGGGCCCAGGAUGCUGGAGGAAGAGUGAAGAUGGGCCUGUCUGGACCGGGGCCAGGCUAGGGGUGAGGACUUGUGCAAUGUUGGACUCGGCCUUCCCAGAACCAGGGCUGCUCUUCACUUGCUCAGUUCCCCCAGGCUGCCAGGAACUUGGGGAGGGAUGCAGGGCAAGGGGCACCCAGCAGGAAGUCUCAGGGGAAGAGACUAAAGAAGGGGUUCCACUCAGAGCCACAGACCCUGGGGCCCUUGGAUGGCAGAGAACCCCGAUGAUGCUGUUUACAGAGACCCUCCACUCUGGGGAGCCUGUGGCAGUGACUGUGGCCCUGUCACUACUGAGCUGGGGGAAGGGGAAGGUGGACAGCUAGGGCUGCCCUCUCUCCACCCAGGACCCCGCAUCCUCAGCCUCCUGCUGCUCCACUCAAGUUUCCCAUGUGCUUGGGGAAGGAGUUCCUGGGUCCCAAGGCCUCCUGGAAGAGAGAAACAGUGACUAAGAGCUUGGGGUCUGAGAAGGCUUGGCAGCAGAGGACCCUAGAAAUGUCCAAUUCCCCCUUCCAAGUCAUAUGUCCUCGCUGGGUCUCUGGGUGUGCUCUGCCCUGAUCGCAGCUGCUUGUCCUUCAGUCCUGGGAGCCAGCACAGCCCACACUCCCACCAGGACACCUGUGGUCGGACCAUCUAGGAAAAGCCGUGACCUAGUGCUGAGAGCCCCUCAGCUGCAGGACCAGCCUGUGCCCAGACUGGGGAGCAGAGGCUGACAUCAGGGAUAUCUCCCCCAGUUCCCAUACUUAGGUCCCAGGUCUGAGCUCACACAGGUGACUGCGGCCUCUAGAGUCCCCUGGAGGGGAGGCUGUAGCUCAGAGAAAGGGUGGCUCUCUCCAUCCCCCACUGCAGGGGGCUCAUUUUCUCCUGGGGGAAAAGACCCACUUGUGACACAGCAA